AGCAUAUAGAUAAUGGAAUGAUAUCAGUUUUUGUCCGAUGGGCAGGGGGCCUGUGAUGAUGGACCUGAGCUUUGAUCUUCUCUGGCUGGACAGCAGUGUGAAUUUUUAAAGGGAGACUUAAAGUCUUGGAACCAUUGUGAAUGUCAUAUCAAAGUUUCUGCUAGUCAGCAUGAUGGGUGUGCCAGACACUCCCCUUGUUGAUGCAUUUUUUUCCCCAAAAUACAUUAACAUUCACUAUACAAGCAACAUUUUGAAGAGAAUUACUGUGGCUGCCACUGACAUUGCAGGAGUGAUCCCUUUUUCCAGAAAGUCCAUCUUGGAGGAAAACAUCUCUUUGCUGAAUCGUAUGCAAAAUGCGUGAAAUUGUACAUGUCCAGAUUGGUCAAUGUGGAAACCAAAUUGGAGCUAAGUUCUGGGAAGUCAUAAGCUCUGAACAUGGAAUUGACACCACAGGAAACUACCAGGGUGAUUCACCAUUGCAGAAGGAGAGGCUUAAUGUGUACUUCAAUGAAGCCUAUUCCAAUAAGUAUGUUCCCCGCGCUGUCCUAGUAGACCUGGAGCCUGGAACAAUGGACAGUGUGCGGUCAAGCAAAAUAGGGCCACUCUUUCGACCUGAUAACUUCAUUCAUGGAAAUUCAGGUGCUGGUAACAACUGGGCAAAAGGUCAUUACACUGAAGGAGCUGAGUUGAUUGAAAAUGUAAUGGAUGUUGUGAGGAAUGAGUGUGAGGGCUGCGACUGCCUCCAGGGUUUCCAGCUUGCUCACUCCCUUGGUGGUGGAACAGGAUCUGGAAUGGGCACUCUUCUGAUCAACAAGAUCAAGGAAGAAUAUCCUGACAGGAUCAUGAACACCUUCAGUGUGCUCCCAUCCCCCAAAGUUUCUGACACUGUUGUUGAGCCAUACAAUGCCAUCUUAUCUGUGCACCAGCUGAUUGAGAAUACAGAUGAAACUUUCUGCAUUGAUAAUGAAGCUUUAUAUGACAUCUGCUUUAGAACGCUGAAGCUUCGCUCACCAACCUACGGAGACCUAAACCACUUGGUGUCUCUCACAAUGAGUGGUGUCACCACUUCACUCCGGUUUCCUGGCCAGCUCAAUGCAGACUUGAGGAAGCUGGCUGUCAAUAUGGUGCCUUUCCCUCGACUCCACUUUUUCAUGCCAGGCUUUGCUCCAUUAACAGCUCGGGGCAGUCAGGAGUAUAGAGCUCUCUCAGUUCCAGAGCUCACCCAACAGAUGUUUGAUGCACGAAACAUGAUGACAGCCUGUGACCCACGUCAUGGGCGAUAUCUGACAGUGGCAUGCAUCUUUCGAGGCCAGAUGUCUACCAGGGAGGUGGAUGAACAGCUGUUGGCUGUACAGACCAGGAACAGUAGCCACUUUGUGGAAUGGAUCCCCAACAAUGUUAAGGUGGCUGUGUGCGACAUUCCACCUCGUGGGCUGAAGAUGUCUUCUACCUUCAUCGGGAACAACACAGCCAUACAAGAGAUCUUCAGUAGAAUCUCUGCACAGUUCUCAGCGAUGUUCAGGAGGAAAGCAUUUCUUCACUGGUACACUGGUGAAGGAAUGGAUGAAAUGGAGUUUUCUGAAGCAGAAGGCAACACUAACGACUUGGUGUCUGAGUACCAGCAGUAUCAAGAUGCGACAGCAGAUGUAGUGGAAUAUGAGGAAGUAGAAAUAGAAGAAGAAGAGGCAACCAGUCAGGAGGAAAAGGAAGCCGUUUGAAAUUAGGACUAUUAAUUUAAGUUCACACAGCAAAGCACCUUACAUCCCAUAAGGUUGCUGGACUCACCUGUGUUUUCAAAAGGAACUGAAUGCAGAGCCAACAAUUUCUGUGCAUUGAAUCAAAGAACUCAGAACUGCACUGUUGACUUAAAAAGGAAAUACACCAAAAGAACCUCCCUUCCACAUACAUCUACAUAGUGGUUCCUAUUGUACUUCUAUGGACAUUUUCUUAUGCUAACUUAAUUUCAAAAUUAUUGAGUAACUUCAAAGUCAUUUCCAGCUUACGGUGGUGCUAUGUCAAAUCUGUCACAGGGUUUUCUUGACAAGAUGAGAUAUGUGCAGAAGGAGCUUAGAAGAAGAAAAACACCAUACCCCUACUGACCUAGAUAGUACCAAACAAAAAAAGGUAUGCUAAAUUAUGAUACUAGAUAAUAUACACAGACAAUAUGAUAUUAGACAAUAGACAAUAAACAAUAUUCACCGCCUGAAAUGGCUUGUAACUAAUUCUCAAGAGAGUGGUGAAUAAAUGGCUGUUGUAAUUGGCAAUGAUUAUCACCUGUUAAUUGUAGCCUUUAUGGCGAAGGCAUCUUGUAUCACUGAAAUAUAAGUAGUCUGAAAGAUAAAUUAUUGCUGUAAUUGUCCUGUGUGUUAUUGAUGUGAUGUACAUGCACAGAUGUUUAUACUUUGACAAGGACAUAGCUGAAGAAGUCUGGUGUCUUACUACUCUCUGUCCUUGAAUCAUACACAUUAAUUGUUGUUGGCAGGCCAGCAUGCAGGAACUUGGAAGUUCCACAACAAAGGGGCAUGAAUAUCUUCUUAAGAAAACAUGUACUUCCCAGGACAGCUUCACAAUUGGAAUUUACUGCUGAACAUUUCCUACUAAAUGUUUGCUAAUUUGCUUGUUUAUAUGAUUCAUGUUGGUUCUAGCUAUAUACAACUCAUUUUGUUUUCCAAUAUAGAGUCUUGUGCUUUGCUUAUCUAGUAUCAUAAUUUAGCAUACCUGUGUUUGUUGGGUGCAGAGGGAGUUUGCCAUUGCCUUCUUCUGAGGCUGAGAGAGUGUACUUGCCCACAAUCACCCAGUUAAAUUCCAUGGCCAAGCAGGGAUGCAAACCCUGGUUUCCCAGAGCCCAGGUUCAACUUUCAAAUCACUGCAGUAUGCUGGCUCUCAAAAUUCAGCAGUCCAUCAUUCUUACGAAGAGCAGUCAAAUGAAUAAAGACUCUAAGUAAACUAAGAAUAGCCAUUAUAUUAUUUGUUCUCUCCUAUCCCCAAAGGGCAGCUGUUUAUCUGAACUGCACUUUGUAUAGAUUUUUGCACAUCUAUUCACUGGGCAGAUUUUAAUUGUGAGUCAGCAUUCUAAGCAUUCUACAAGCAUGUAAAAACUAUAUUCUUGAUGAAACCAAAAGCAAUAAUAGUCUAAAAUUCUCCGACUCUUUUGUGAGCAUAUUCUGAAAAGUUUCCAGCAGAAUAGCCUUCCUGCUGCCCCAAUAAUCCAGUACUCAAAUUCAUGUGAACACAGAAGUUCCUUUGAACUAUGGCAGUUUAAGGCUUUUGAUAAAGCUGGAUCUCAUUGUUUGAUUAUUUUAAAAGCCAUCUAAGCUAUUUGCCUUGUCAUACUUUGAGCUGUUAAGUUUAAUACAUUGCAUAUUGGAUAAAGAAGUACUUCCUUUUGUCUACCUUGACUCUAUCACUAAUCACCCUAUUAUUAGCAUAGGAUUAAGAUGACUGCUUUACACUCCUGAAGUCAAAGACAUGAGUGAAUUUUUAGUUACUUCAAUAGACUCUGUCAUCACAGGUGCAACAGUCUUCUUAAAGCCAAGCAGCCUAAAACUCCAACCGGAGUAGAAGCAUAGAGUAGUUUGAGAACUGUAGUUAGUCUGUAUAUAUUUUAGUAGUUAUCAAAUAUUUAUAGAACAUGUUAUUAGAGUAUGUCUUAAGCACAUCUAUCUAAAAUGUUGCCUUGUUAGUAAUAGAAUCUGCUGAGAAUGUCAUUGUUAAAGAUUUUAAGAACACUUUAAUGAUUAUGCAUGUUCAUUAGGGGCUAGAACCAUGAGAUCAAUGAUAUCUGAUACAGUAGUUGGUAAUUUUGUGCAUUCUUACAUAGUAGGUCCUACUGGACACUGUGAGUGUAGAUCAGGUUAUGCUGUACAUUGUCACAUGGAGAGGGAGUUUCCAACUAUGGGAUUAGAAAGCCAAGAAAUGCAAGGGGAAACAGUAGGCCACACUAUGCUUGAGUGGUGCUUUCCAAAAGUAUUGCAUCAGUUCCCACAAGCCCCAGCUAUCAUGGUCAAUGAUGAAAGAUCAGUGGGAGUUCUAGGUAGAAAAUAAAUAUAUAUGUCGAUCAGCAUGAGGUUUACAUGGGCAGAAAUGAUAUGGACAGGAGAAUAAUCAUUUCUUGCAAAGCUUAGCCUAAAAAUGAAUGUAUUGGUCUUGGAGGACCUAACACAGCUAUUUUUGUUUACAGUAGUGACCUUGGCUUUUAGAAAAAGGGCACACAGCUUGUGGCUCUCUAGAUAUUGGUCCCAGCAUCUCACAUUGCUGGUGAGAAGAUUCAAUACAACAUGACUAGAAGAACACAAAAUGCCCAUUUUGGCUUUACAGACACUGAAUAUAGCUUUGCCAGAACUCACCACUGUUUUCCCUUUUCCUUAACAGAUAUGUUUUAAAAUGCACUUAUUUCCAGGCCACUUUAUGGACUCAAAGUUUAAUGGAUUUGAGCUUUUUAAUGCAAACUUUUGAAUGCUUAUACUACUUUUCCUGUUUUUUUUUGUAUGAAAUCAGUUUUGCUAGCAAAAAGAAAAACAAAAAAAGAGACCAAGAUCAACCUGUGUGAUGAGCUAUUUAUAAGCUGCUAUUUGUUUCAGUGUCUUUCACUGCAUGUAGUAUGCAAUAAAAUGCAAUAAACAGUGUCAUAAAACAUUG